CGAUAUGUCGUGCUACAGGUCGUCGGGUCACUACUUUCAACAAUACAAUCUUGUUUUGAAUGGGCAUGCAUUGACGUCUCCGGUAUUUGUAAAAGUCUGGCUUUUUAGUGUAUUUGUACCGAGGAUCACAGUGACAGGAGUGGUGUUUUGAGGUACUCUUUGGAGUACAACAAGUGUACGUGGCACAAGAGGUCGAUAUUGUUGAAGUUUGAACAAGCCGAAGCUCGGACACUGACAGUGAAGAAGUUGUGUGAGUUUUAUAACUUGAGUCACCGUCGGACACACUCGUCCAGUUCGGCACCGGUCUACAGGUAAGAAUGUUGAAGCACACACCUCAUUCUCUAAUGAAGAUGAAGAAGCUACGCCGUCUGCUAACAAUGAUCAUCGCAUUGGCUAUUACUUCUGUGAUUCUUACACAGAUUUUUACUGAUAGUGUAUUUAGAGAACUCAAGACAGUUAAUAUGCAACACUCUGUGAUAAGUACUACUCCAAAUAUUAGUACAACAGAUUUGCCACCUUUGAAUACGGACAGUUAUGCCAACUCGUUAGCUGAUCUGUGGUCACAGUGGAGCUGCGAUGCACUUUCAGUUUUUGUCGCGGAGGAGAAAAAACAAACAAAAUACCUAGACUGUGACAUUGCCAUGAAAUACAUAAGACGUUGUCUGAAUUCCACAGAGAUUGGUAGGAAACCGCUUCCAAACUUUUAUCUUAAUAAGAACAUUAACAAUUUGGGUGCAUACAAGGAGUACCGAGAUGCGAACAUAGCGUUUGUGCAUCUACCCAAAGCUGGAGGUACCUCAGUGGAGAGCGUUCUAUACAACGUCCCGGGAAUAAAUAAAAAUGGUGUUUUACACAAAUCUCGUGUUUCACAUUGCUCUGAUAUGUAUCGCCAAGCAUCUAGCAAAGGUUUUCGAAGAAAUUCUGCACAAACAUUGUUUUACUCUAAAAGAACAUUUGGUCUCCAUAAUUAUGCUUAUCGUAAGCGGCCGUUUGUCUAUGUCACCUGGAUGAGGGAACCAAUCAACAGAAUGAUGUCCACCUAUUUCUACACAAAGAAAACCAACUGUUUUAGUGUUCAUUACAUUUGCCGAAAAUAUGUUACAGAAACUAGUAAUCUCACCGAAUAUUUAAUGAAAACAUCCAAUAUUCACUUCCAAGACAUGGACAACUUUUAUGUACGUCUCCUGCAGUUUGGUGACUUUCCAGAGAUUGACUCGACUUUCGAGGACUGUUGCGGUGGAGUAGAACUAAAGGAUGUGUACAAAAUUCCUGCCAUACAAAAGAACAUUACUUGGUUGCGAAACGAAAUUUAGAACAAAACUUUGGUUUUAUUGGUCUCAUGGAGGAUUUCAAAACUUCUAAAGAAAUGUUAACUAGAUUGUUUGGAAUAUCACACAAUGAUGACAUCCAUAUCAAUUCCAAUCCACAGUUAUAACUUGACAGAUUAUGAAUUCAAUGAACUAAGUCGUAGAAACAUAUGGGAUAUUAAACUAUAUAAAAUCGCUAAAAAGAUUUACCAACAGCAAAAAGACAAUUUCUUAAAACUGACUCUUAAUUCCACAGAGAUGAGAUGAGUUGAGUUCUGGAAAAUCAUUACAAACCAUAGUAUUAAUUGUUAAUUUAUAUUACUUGGAACUAUAACAAUAAAGAGGUUUCUUGUCAAUUUGUCUUCGGAAAUUGACAUAUUUGUACAUUCUUUAUUAUUAUCUUAAACAAGUAUUUUUAUUUGGGUUUUUCU